AUGUCUCCUCGAGUUGCCUCUGCUUCUCCUUCUUCCUCCUCAUCUUCUUUCUCUCCUUCCUCCUCCUCCUCCUCCUCAUCAUCCUCAUCCUCAUACAAACCGCACAAGGCUUCUCAGAAGCCAGACGGUUCUCGAAAGCCACACGGCUUUUCGAGUUGGGAGGAAGGCGACAUCGCCUUUCUGAAGCCAUGGAAUGAGAUCGAAAAUGACCUUCCACCCAAGGCGUUUUCCUCAUUCCGCAAGGCCAUCGGGCACCAAAAGCGUGCUUGUAAUCAUCCUGUCAUCAUCCUAAAGGCAUCACCGGACGGGUCACAGUUCGCAGUGACUACCGUAUCCGCCUACAGUUCAAGCCACGACAAUGAUUGCCUCGCGCCAUGGAACCAGCCCCACCACUUCAGAAAGGGAAAGAAGAACUUCCGAUCCUUCAAAGGCUCCGAGAGAGCCAAUGACCGACCCACCCUCAUGCUAGAGGGAGACAAACUGAUGCCCAAGCCCCAGCUCAGCUGGGUAUACAUCCAGUCCAUCUUGGUCGUGGACAAGAAGACACUAAAAGUCUUCACCAAGUCACGCGACCAUCUUCGACUGACCCCACUGAGCUUGACGGACCUCUGGGCACACAUGGCGGCAGAGACGAGAGACUUCGACCGAGUAGGGCGGACACUUGCCACCGCCAUCGUGGCACCACAGCCUGUUGCCCGGCCCCAUACAAAGGGUCAGGAGCAAACGACACGGCGCAAUCCUAACUUUCCGACUAAGGCGGUCACCGCGCCUCCUUCACCUUCACCUUCACCUCCGGUCCGCCCCUCAAACCCUCCCUCCUCAUGGGCCCAAGUGGCGGCAUCAAAAGCCACGACGGGUGGCUCUCGGGCUGAUGCCAAUACAAAUUCGCCUCCAUUGCUUUCCGAAGCACCACGCUUGUGCAGAUCCCAAAGCAAGAGGUCGAAGCCACUUGGGUCCCUCCGCGUCCUAGCUUGCGCCUAA